UUCACUUUCACUUGCUUCAUUGAGUUAGAGUUGAACUGAGCCUCCGGGGUAUGUUUCUUUCGAUAAACAGGGCGGUUUUGGGUGUAACGGAGCACUGAAAGCAGAUGAUCUAUCACUGGCAAUUUCCCAGUUGCUGAUAAUUAAAACCGAUUGUGAAAUGUCUUAGGAAGGUAUAAAGCAGGCAAAGCGAAACUACACAGGAGAAGCAGCUACGAUGGACGUGGAUAAGCUCAGGGAGUAUAUACAGUCAUUCUGCCUUAACGAUUGCCCACUGGGGAACCAGGGCUACACUCGGAUCCUCCUUCAGCUCUUUGGGUUCCUGGGGCACGGCAAGUCUUCUCUCAUUAACUCCUGUAAAUUUGCCCUGUUGGGUAAGGGGUUCAAAAAGCAUGCAGAGGCUGCGGCCAAUGAUGGUGGCCUGACGAUGGAAAGGAAGUCCUACCAACUUACAGGGAACAUCACAAUGGUGGACAAUAGAGGGUGCGCCAUGAUAAACCCCUAUGAGAUGGCGGAAAUCUACGCUCAGCUGUGUAACUUUGUCCCACUGGAUGAGAGAGUAGAAUGGAACCAGAAUUACGAGGACAUGAUGUUUCGGCUGGAGGAUGAUGAUGUGAAUCCAAAUUUUGCAGAUUUCGUUGUUCCAAUAUUUGUCUACAGUGUCAAGAAAGCCAUAAGUGGCAGGGAAAUAGAUGAAAUUCAACCUUUUCUUAAAAACUGCAGAGAUCUGACAGGGAUAUUUCCCAUCAUCGUCCUGACCAACAAGACCAGCGGGGAUUUUGCCGAGCUGCGCAAUAUAUUUGAAGGCAUGGGGGCAGAGGAGAUACUGGCAGUGGAGAAUUAUACAGACGAGGAUCACUUUAAGACCCGGGGGAGACACACACUGUUCCUGGAGCUGAUCCAUAAAGCACUAAAAGACGUGAGCUUUUGUAUGAAAGAGCAGCGGGACCCCAUAAGGGACAGAGCUCAGCGCAAAAAAUUCCUUCUCAAAUACGUGCACGAGAGGGAUCUAUAAUAAAGUCAAUAAUAACAACAGUAACUGCCAGACGUCACCAUGCUAUACCUGUAUCUUCAGUGUUAGGGGGAGAUUUACUAACUUUGGGUAGAAAUUCUUUACCCUUUUCAACUUUUUUCCCCAGGAAAAAAAUGGUUUCAAGUAAAAAAUAAUUGGAUCUAUUAUCUGGAAUGUUUGAGACCAGAUAAAAGACAUUAUCCCCAAUUAAGCUGGAUAGCGGCAUUAAAAGUGUUUUCAUAUGCAGUGAUCCUCAUUCUCCUGAAAUUUUGGGGCCCAUGGGAGACAAAUUAUUAUGAAUAACAUUGUCCUAAGGAUUUUUUGGGAACCAACAUGGAUUUAUGCAACUUAAGGUCCCCAUACACGGGCCGAUUCUAGCUGCCGAUAUGGGUCCCUUAGACCGAUUCA